AGAGCAUCAUCCCAGCCCUGGGCUGUCCCCUGCAUGGGCCCGCCUGGCCCUUAUAAAAGCACUCUCCACCACACUGGUGCUAUCUUCUGGAGACACUGAAGCAUACAUCUCCUUUGAAGCCUCUGGCUCCUUGCUGCCCAGGAACGAUGUCUUAUCAACAGCAGCAGUGCAAGCAGCCCUGCCAGCCACCUCCUGUGUGCCCUCCCCCGAAGUGUCCGGAGCCAUGUCCCCCUCCUCCGUGCCCCCCUGUGCCGUGCCCCCCACCCCCCUGCCAGCAGAAGUGCCCUCCUGUGCCGCCGAGCCCCCCCUGCCACCAGAAGUGCCCACCCAAGAGCAAGUGACCGCAGCAGGAUGCACCAGGACCACGAAACCGCAAGACACAGGCUCUCCCGUGGGCGUCUCAGGACUCCAUCCCCGUCCCUUCAGCCGCGAGGACAGAAUGCAUGUUCCCUGACCUGCCACCUGGGUUGACAGCGGACAGAGAAAAGGCUGCGUUCCCGGAGCUGGUCCCACGUUGUGGGAAGAUGAGCAGUGGGCUGUGGUCUAAUCGCACUUUGCCAUCAGUCUGUCUGCGAUCUGGGUGGUGAUCUCUCCCCUGUGAGCCUUUUGGUGGCCCUGUUCUUUCGCUUCUCCAAUAAAGCACGUGUGUCUU